AUGGAUGUGCUACUGCACAUUCUCGGUCCCGACGUGCCGCACCCUCAACUCAGCGCACUUACUGUCAACUCAACCUUCUACAUCGCCGGAAUUCCCCAUCUCUAUCACGCCCCAAUCAUCAAAUCCAAGCUCGCCUCCUUCUUCCUCCACACUCCACCUGGCGCCCCGGCGGACAUUGGCGCUCUAUCCACCGCCGAGCUGGUCAGCACCGGACAGACCAAGCUUGCGGCCCUCCGCUACGUCCGCAGCAUACACCUCCUCCUCGCAAACUACGUCGCGUCGGAGGAUGAGGACCUACAAAUGACGGAAGAGCAAAAGGGGCAGCAAGAGGUCGAUAUAUGCGCCGCCGUCGCCGGAGAUCUCGAAGCUGCUCUGCUGCUGGUCGAGAACCUCCCACGAGGAACUCUACCCAUGCUGCAGACAGUCCGAACUGGGGACACCAUCGUGACUACCAGCUUUCCCCACCCCACGUUGAACGACAGGACUACUCAAAGGAGCCUGUCGGCUUGGCACUUUGCCUGGUCACUCCUGAUGACCGCAGUCCCCAAGGUGUGGUGUCAGGGUGGCGGCGCCGGCCCUCGCCUCUCCCC